AUGUCUUCACCUAUCGCCCUCCGCUCCGCCCUCACAGCCACCCCAGUGUCGUACGGCUUCUGGUUGACUUUGCCCAGUGCCGGUGUCGCAAGGACCAUUCUCCGCCGCAGCCCACAGUACACCGAAGGUGGUUUCAGUUGGGUGUUGGUCGACGCUGAGCAUGGAUUGAUUAACGACAGCCACUACUACGAUCUUACAAACGCCAUCGGCCACGAGGGGGUCAGCCCAAUCAUCCGUGUUCCCUGGCCUGAAGAAUGGAUGAUCAAGCGUGCUCUCGAUGCUGGCGCGCAUGGAAUCAUGACCCCGAUGUGUCACUCUGCAGAGGACGCUGCCAAGGUCGUUAGCUACUGCAAGUACCCGCCUGUUGGAGUCCGCGGAUACGGACCGAUGUUUGCGCCACAUGCAUUCCCAGGUGUGAAGCCUGGCGAGUAUGACGAAAAGACACACGGUGAAGUGCUUGUGAUCGUGCAGAUCGAGUCCCGACCUGGUGUCGAGAACGUGGAGAAGAUCGCGGCUGUUGAGGGUCUAGAUGUGCUUUUCAUUGGACCAUUUGACCUUGCUAAGCAGAUGCGCGUUACUCGUGGUGGCGAAGAGCAUGAGGCUGCUAUCCAGCGUGUUCUGAGUGCCGCCAAGUCUUCGGGGAAGAAGGCUGCCAUCUUCUGCUCCGACGGUGACGAUGCGCUUCGCCGCGUCCAGCAAGGCUUUGAUAUGGUCUCCAUCACAACUGACGUUGCUGUAUUUGGAGACGGCAUGUUGCGCGAACUUGAAAAGGCCAAAGGUUCUUCAAAGCCCGAAGCUAAGCGGGAGGGCUAUUGA